UGUCUGUGUGGGUGGACAAUUUCAGUUUGUCAGUGAUAUGUACGCCGAGGAACUUCCACCUUCUCCACUGCUGUCCAGUCGAUGUGGAUACGGGGCUCCCUCUGUUGUUUCCUGAAGUCCACGAUCAUCUCCUUUGUUUUGUUGACGUUGAGUGAGAGGUUAUUUUCCUGACACCACAUGUCCUGUUGUUUUUUGAUAAAGAGCAAAUACCUACGCAUUUUUAACAGAAAAGUUGAUUUAUUUUAUUUUAUCUAUUGGUAGUUUGUUCAGUUUUUGGGGAAUCCUGUUUCCGUCCUGCACAGUAGGAUGCGGGAUGCACAUUACAUUGUGUGAUCGCCAAUAUACCAUAGAAUAAGAAAACUCUGAUCUGAUUGUCCAUAUAGAUGGAGGGCAUAGCGAAGGCUACAUUGAAAUGAGGGUAGUUUUGCUUGCAAGCUUCGUCGGUGGUCAGUCACAAAUAGAGGGGAAGAUAGCUCGUUAAAGUUGAUCAAGACAGGCAAACUGGUGUAGUUGUCUAGCUGUUAUUUGACAAUUUACCAGCUCUAACUAAUUAUUCAAGUUAGCUAGCCAGCUGUCUUUGAGGGCUUCCCAAGCGCAUGCAUUUUUAUUAGUUUGUGUCGUCGUCUCUAGUUACCACAGCCACAAAGUCUUAAUUAUAGCUAAACCCGCCUAUUUUUACAAUUUAUCUACCUAAAAUCUGCAACUUUAACCACACUGCUAAACUUUUGCCUAACCUUAAAUUAAGACCAUCAAGUACAUUUUAGUUUUCAUGAAUUUUUACGAUAUACCCAAUUUGGACUUUAUGGCUUUGGUAACUAGUGACAACUGUUUAUGUGCUGCGGCGGCCAUGUUUUUCAACAAUCGUGAAACGCGCAUGCUCAAACGUAAUUUCACUCGCAGUUGCGCCAACUCGGAGAGGAUAUUGCCGCUAUCAGCAUUGAUGCAUUUGAUUUUUCAUAACAAAAAUACUUUUCUUGAGGACCCUGCACUCUUGGAAGAAUAACAACAAAACGCAUUUUGCAACCCUUGGUUGGAAAUAACGCUUAAUUUGCCAUCAUUUUACAUGUGUAUUCUGACUGUUGACAAUGCAAAGUGGAAGCGAGCGGGUUUGCAGAAUUUUCAAGCGUCUUCUCUUAGCUAGGAGCAGAAACAAGAACCAUGGCUAGGCCUCACAAAUAUAUUCACAGUUGUUCACCAACCUGACAACAAGACAGUUCAGAAUAGGCUCAAAGUUAAGGUUUGUGAGAAACUCAUAACAUUCGUGAUAUUCUUGCCGUUAGUUAGCAAGCGAACAUUGCUUGAUGGCUGGCGUGGCAAACUAACGUUAUAGUAGCUAGCUAAGUUACCGAGGGUACAAGACAGUUGGCUAAAUAGGUACUUUGGCUAUCAGUCUAGUGUGUGCCUAUAUCUUAUUCAGAUACAGCAGCUAGUGUGGGGGUCGACAGCCACACUGGGCGUGGAACGAAACUAGCUAGCUAAGCUGGUUCCAUAGCAUAGGAUUCUUUGCAAGAAGUCGUCGACUGCUUUGCUGGGUGAAUGUGGGACAAAAUGGAGACGCCAACGAUUGUGUACGACUUGGAUACCUCUGGGGGCUUAAUGGAGCAAAUUCAAACACUGCUCGCACCCCCCAAGUCAGAGGAUGGCGAAAAGAGGAAUCCGAGGAGUGAAAGGGACGUUCGGAGAAAGAGCAGGGCCACCAACCACGACACCUGUGAUAGUUGUCAUGAGGGAGGGGACCUUCUGUGUUGUGACCAUUGUCCUGCAGCCUUCCAUCUACAAUGCUGUAACCCACCAUUGAGUGAAGAAAUGCUGCCUCCUGGUGACUGGAUGUGUCAUCGCUGCAACGUCCGGAGAAAGAAGCGGGAGCAGAAGGCUGAGCCGACAAAUGGCCUGCUGGAGAGGGAGAGGCCCCUCUCCAAGCGCUCCUCCCCCCCAGCAGCUGAACUGGAGCGGGGCACCACCACCAUUACUACCACUAUGUUGCGCCUGGACAGGCUGCCCCCCGGGGUCGGAGCAGCAGGACCAGGCCUGCGGGUGGCUGCUGUACGUCUGGAGCGCCUUGAGCGGCGGGCCAGCAGCCGACCGGGCACGCCCACAUCCAACGCCUCAUCCACGGACAUGGCCACCCCCUCGGAGGAGCAGAACGAGGCUGACGCGGAGAUGGCCAAGGCAGAGGAGGUGGUGGUGGAGGCCCAGGGCUCGGAACCUGAGCGAGCCACCACCACCCAUACCCCCACACCACGGCUCCUCAAGAGGCCCUUUCAGCUGCUCAUUGCCGCUGCCAUGGAGAGGAACCCCUCGCAGUUCCAGCUGCCCAACGAGCUCACCUGCACCACAGCACUGCCAGGCAGCACUAAACAGAGGAGGAAAGAGGAGCUGAUCAUGAAGACUUUCAGGAGGCCACAGCAUGAGAUGGACCCCAAUGGCCUCGUUCCUCUGCCAGUCAGGGUGUGCUUCUCCUGCACCAGGAACUGCAGAAUGGCCCCCCUGGUUCAGUGUGAUUAUUGCCCCCUGCUCUUCCACAUGGACUGCCUGGACCCCCCACUCACUGCCAUGCCCACAGGCAGGUGGAUGUGCCCCAACCAUAUGGAGCACUUGGUGCUGAACCGGCGGAGCCUGUCCCUUACCAGCCGUUGCAAGCUCUUAGACCAGUUCCAGGACAGAAUAUCCCAGCAUGCAGUCAAGGUGGACUUCCUGCGAUGGGUCCACCGACAGAACCCGCCUGUCCUCAGCGGUGUCCACCACAAGACGAAGGCGCUCAAGGUACCCGACGCUAUUAAGUCCCAGUACAAGAACCCCCCGGCCAUGUUGGCUCCUGCAGCGGUGCGUAACGGGGAGCUGAUCUGUAAUGGCAUCCCAAACCAGGACUGCUCCCCUCAGCAUUUUACCAGCCAAGCGGAGCAACAGGAGUGGCUUAGAGACGUCAUGGCGCUCCAGUGCAGCAUCAUGCGACAUUUAUCGGGCAAGCAGAAGUCCUCGUCAGACUGGGACUCUGAACAGGCAGACGUUAAGCCCUGUGUGGCUCUAGAGGAGAACAGCACUCUGCCCCUUGCAGAAAGGACAGCUUAUGCCCUGCCUGCCCCCUGCUCUAAGCCCUGCAAUACAUCUGAUGGCUCCCAGGGGGCCCCUGUACUGAAGGAACUCUCGCAGGGCCAGGAGAGCUGCUGCUGCACGGUGAGGCCCUGUCUGAAGUGCAGGAAACCCAACGGACCCCUGAUGGAACAGCCUGUACAAGCCAACGGGACGUUAGCGUGUGACGCUGCCUCAGGUGCCUGCAGACAGACAGAGCUCCAGCUGCACAUACUCACCCCCCAAGCCUCACUCCCAAUCCCUGCUCUGGGGCUGCCCAAUCACCUGAGAAGAGGGGUUGUGGUUAAAACGGAGAGGGGCAGCCCCCUGGAGUCUUGCACCCAGAGAGGUUGUUCCCCAUCGAAGUGUGCAGCUACAGGGCAGGAUGUCAAGAGUCAGGCUUACGGGACUCCUCCAGGCAAGGCAGGGGCUCAGGCCACCCCUCUGAGCUGCUGCAAGGAGCUGAAGCUCGGCCCCAGCCCCAACCUGGGUAUCCAUGUCUUUACCCCACCCAGAGCCGUUAAAGACUCCAGCACAGCAAGCGAGCCCACCACCACACCUCCCUGUUUCUCCCUAGGGCCUGAUCUAAAGGGCAGCUCCAUGUUCCCUAGCUCCCUCUCCUCCUCCAUAGCAGACCUGUCUGGUGGCAUGAAGGCCAUGAUGGAAGGGGAUGGGGAGAUGGAGCUGAGUAACCUGGAUGAGGAGUUGGUCAAACUCCUGGCCUGGCAGAGGAUACAGCAGCUGUUUCCCCCCAAAGUGCCCCCAACCCCCCAAGGCAGCGGUCUAACCGCUCCUCCCACCACCACCGUCGCCCUUAAACCUCAGUCUCCCGCGCCACGCACAGAGGAAGAACAGAAGGUGCAGGCGAGAGCAACGUUCUAUCCACUCAUGGGGAAGGGAGGAGCCAUUAACAUGUCUUAUAGGACCCUGUACAUAGGAGCUGGUGCUGACAUGGAUGUGUGCCUUACAAACUAUGGUCAUUGUAAUUAUGUAUCUGGAAAACACGCCUGCAUCUUUUACGACGGGAACACCAAGCACUACGAGCUGCUCAACUACAGUGAGCAUGGGACCACGGUGGACAAUGUACUCUACUCCUGUGACUUCUCUGAGAAGGCAUCCCCCAGCCCGGUUAGUGGCCUGGUCUCCAAAGUGCAGGGCAUUGUCCGCCAUUGUAAGAUGAGAGAGCAGGAGGGGGCUGAGGCAGUACCCGGCCCCAGGACUGGCCUGAUUCCAUCAGGGGGAGUGAUGAGUUGCCAGCCCCAGGGAGGACCCAGGCUCUCCUGCAACUGUAAGGCCAGCAGUUCCAGCCUGAUUGGUGGCAGCGGGGCCGGCUGGGAGGGCACAGCUCUGCUCCACCACGGCAGCUACAUCAAACUGGGCUGCAUGCAGUUUGUCUUCAGCAUUGUUGAGUUCACCAGCAAGCAGCCCAAAGAAGAGGGAGCCACUGGCACCGCCAAUACCACCCCUGCCAAUACCACCCCCAGCCAAGAGGAGGCAGACAAACAGACUAUCAAGCUCCACCAAGUGCACCACGGUUCCAUAGCCCAAACUCUCUCUCUUUCACCUCUUUGCAGUCAAACCUAAGGGAACCCUACAGAGCUGGUUGUUACGCAGGGAAAAUAUAUAUUUUGUUUAUACUUUCGCAUUAAAUUCAAUCUCAAAUCUGUUAUUUAGAUGUCAAUUCCUCUCGAAGAUCAUUGGACUUCAAAUAUUUCACUCAUUUUUGCCAGUCUAGUUAUACAUGUUUUGUAACAUUUUUUUAUUUUUCAGCCAGCUCAUGUAGCCCAAACAUUUAAUUUUGUGAUAUUGAAAUUGUAGUACUCAUACAUUUUUGUUGAUGUGGCUAAGUUAGCACCACAGGUAGCAAGCUAUACAUUCAUGCUCCCUAACAUGCUUAUACACACAUUUGUAUGUACAGUGUAUUAAUGUCAAUAUGAUUGGUGCUUUUCAAUUGGAUAUCCUGCACAUAAACCAUUGUGCAAUUUUUUUUUAAGCAUACAGUACUUCCCAUUGACUCUUUCUUUUGAUAUUUGGUAGGGUUGCAGAAAAGUUUGUUGAAACCCGAGUCCUGUGUGCUCCAUGCUGAAAUCCAUGGUGUAAAUAGUGUCGAAACGUUUCAGCUCUCGUUUUAACACUGUAAAUAAGUGUUGUUUGUCGGUUUCUGUCUGUCUGGUAAAUACAGAACGAUUUUUUAAGAACAAACUUAAAAA